AAAAGCAACUGAGGUCUUAACUUUCAGACGCUGAAUUCUCAGCUAAUUGAAAUUACUGGGCACAAUGCUAUAUAUAGCCAAUGAAGAGAUUUUGAGCCCUCAUUCAGUGCCUUCAAGACAUGUCGUUUUGUAGUCAGAGAAAACAGAGAUCAAUGCAUUUUCAAACUGACAGAGGGAACGGAUGCUCCUUAGUAGCACAUGCCCAGGAUCGUGUGUGUGUGGGGCUUGCGCUGUGCUGAGAAGCUGAAUACCGGUCCAUAUGCUCCUUAUUUACUGCAAUGUUCUUUGCAUGUUACUGUGCACUCCGGACUAACGUAAAGAAGUAUCGCUAUCAAGAUGAGGACACGGCACAUGAUCAUUCCUUACCUCGACUGACCCAUGAAGUAAGAGGGCCUGAACUGGUGCAUGUAUCAGAAAAGAACCUUUCUCAGAUAGAAAAUGUCCAUGGAUACGUCUUGCAAUCUCACAUUUCUCCUCUGAAGGCUAGUCCUGCUCCUAUAAUUGUCAACACAGAUACUUUGGACACGAUUCCUUAUGUCAACGGGACAGAAAUUGAAUAUGAAUUUGAAGAAAUUACAUUGGAGAGGGGGAAUUCUGGUCUGGGAUUCAGUAUUGCUGGAGGGACAGAUAAUCCUCACAUUGGAGAUGACCCUGGCAUAUUUAUUACAAAGAUUAUACCAGGCGGUGCUGCAGCAGAGGAUGGCAGGCUCAGGGUCAAUGACUGUAUCUUACGGGUGAAUGAAGUUGAUGUGUCCGAGGUUUCCCACAGUAAGGCAGUGGAAGCUCUGAAAGAAGCAGGCUCUAUUGUUCGACUGUAUGUACGUAGAAGACGACCCAUCUUGGAGACUGUUGUGGAAAUAAAACUGUUCAAAGGACCUAAAGGCUUAGGUUUUAGCAUUGCAGGAGGUGUGGGAAACCAACAUAUUCCUGGAGACAACAGCAUUUAUGUAACUAAAAUUAUAGAUGGAGGAGCUGCACAGAAAGAUGGACGAUUGCAAGUCGGAGACAGACUACUAAUGGUAAACAAUUAUAGUUUAGAAGAAGUAACACAUGAAGAGGCAGUAGCAAUAUUGAAGAACACAUCAGAUGUAGUUUAUCUAAAAGUUGGCAAGCCGACCACGAUUUACAUGACUGAUCCUUAUGGUCCACCUGACAUUACUCACUCUUAUUCUCCACCGAUGGAAAACCAUCUCCUCUCUGGCAACAAUGGCACUUUAGAAUACAAAACCUCCCUGCCACCCAUCUCUCCAGGAAGGUACUCACCAAUUCCAAAGCACAUGCUUGUUGAAGAUGACUACACCAGGGCUCCGGAACCUGUUUACAGCACUGUGAACAAACUGUGUGAUAAGCCUGCUUCUCCCAGGCACUAUUCCCCUGUUGAGUGUGACAAAAGCUUCCUUCUCUCAACUCCCUACCCCCACUACCACCUAGGCCUGCUCCCUGACUCUGAGAUGACCAGUCAUUCUCAACACAGCACUGCAACCCGCCAGCCUUCAGUGACUCUGCAGCGGGCCAUCUCUUUAGAAGGGGAGCCCCGCAAGGUGGUCCUACACAAAGGCUCCACCGGCCUUGGCUUCAACAUUGUGGGCGGGGAAGAUGGAGAAGGUAUUUUUGUGUCCUUCAUUCUGGCCGGUGGACCAGCAGAUCUAAGUGGGGAGCUUCAGAGAGGAGACCAGAUCCUAUCGGUGAAUGGCAUUGACCUCCGUGGAGCAUCCCAUGAGCAGGCAGCUGCGGCAUUAAAGGGAGCUGGACAGACAGUGACCAUUAUAGCACAAUACCAACCUGAAGAUUACGCUCGAUUUGAGGCCAAAAUCCAUGACCUACGAGAGCAGAUGAUGAACUACAGCAUGAGCUCCGGGUCCGGGUCCCUGAGAACCAAUCAGAAACGCUCCCUCUACGUCAGAGCCAUGUUUGACUAUGACAAGAGCAAGGACAGUGGGCUGCCAAGUCAAGGACUUAGCUUUAAAUAUGGAGACAUUCUCCAUGUCAUCAACGCCUCGGAUGAUGAAUGGUGGCAAGCCAGGCGAGUCACCCUGGAGGGCGACAGUGAGGAGAUGGGAGUCAUCCCCAGCAAAAGGAGGGUGGAAAGAAAGGAACGGGCCCGACUGAAGACAGUAAAGUUUAAUGCAAAACCUGGAGUGAUUGAUUCAAAAGGGUCAUUCAAUGACAAGCGUAAAAAGAGCUUCAUCUUUUCACGAAAAUUCCCAUUCUACAAGAACAAGGAGCAGAGUGAGCAGGAAACCAGUGAUCCUGAACGGGGACAAGAAGACCUCAUUCUUUCCUAUGAGCCUGUCACAAGGCAGGAAAUAAACUAUACAAGGCCUGUGAUUAUCCUGGGCCCAAUGAAGGAUCGGAUCAAUGAUGACUUAAUAUCUGAAUUCCCUGACAAAUUUGGCUCCUGUGUACCUCAUACUACGAGGCCAAAACGGGACUAUGAAGUGGAUGGCAGAGACUAUCACUUUGUCAUUUCUAGAGAACAAAUGGAGAAAGAUAUCCAAGAGCACAAGUUUAUAGAAGCCGGCCAGUACAAUGACAACUUAUAUGGAACCAGUGUGCAGUCUGUGAGAUUUGUAGCAGAAAGGGGCAAACACUGUAUACUUGACGUAUCAGGAAAUGCUAUCAAGCGGUUACAAGUCGCCCAGCUCUAUCCCAUUGCCAUUUUCAUUAAGCCCAAGUCUCUGGAACCCCUGAUGGAGAUGAAUAAGCGUCUAACGGAAGAACAAGCCAAGAAAACCUACGAUCGAGCAAUUAAGUUAGAACAAGAAUUUGGUGAAUAUUUUACAGCUAUUGUCCAAGGCGACACCUUAGAAGAUAUUUAUAACCAAUGCAAGCUUGUUAUUGAAGAGCAAUCUGGGCCUUUCAUCUGGAUCCCCUCAAAGGAAAAGUUAUAAAUUAGCUACUGCACCUCUGAUGACAGAAGAGCAUUUAGAAGAACAAAAUAUAUAUAAUAUACUACUUGGAGGCUUUUAUGUUUUUGUUGCAUUUUAUGUUUUUGCAGUCAAUGUGAAUUCUUAUGAAUGUACAACACAAACUGUGUGAAGCCAUGAAGGAAACAGAGGGGCCAAAGGGUG